CCAGUGUUUUCAUGUGCUGUGCUGAGAGUGCUGCUGCAGGAGCUGUGAGGGGCCAUGGACGAGCUGGAAAGCCAUGCCAUGUGAUCAAAAGAUGGUCUCCAAAACACUGAACUUGGAAUAAUGGAGAGUUGGAUCCCCCAAAAUGCAGUGACCUAUAAUGAUGUACAUGUCAACUUCACUUGGGAAGAGUGGGCUUUGCUGGAUCCUUCCCAGAAGAAUCUCUACAAAGAUGUGAUGCUAGAAACCUACAGGAACCUCAUUACCAUAGGAUACAGUUGGGAAGACCAUAAUAUUGAAGAACAUUUUCAGAGUUCUAGAAGACAUGAAAGGCAUGAAAGAAGUGAUAAUGAAGAGAAUCCUUCUGUAUAUACUCAGUGUGUUAAAGCCUUUGCAUAUGACAGUCAUAUUCAAAGGUAUGAAAGAACACAUACUAGAGAGAAACACUAUGAAUGUAAUCAGUGUGGUAAAGCCUUUGCACAUCACAAUAAUCUUCAAAGCCAUACAAGAACACAUACUGGAGAGAAACCUUAUGAAUGUAUUCAAUGUGGUAAAGCCUUUGCACAACAAAGAUACCUUCAACGUCAUACAAGAACACAUACUGGAGAGAAACCCUAUGAAUGUAUUGAAUGUGGUAAAGCCUUUGCAAGUCAUAGUGUUCUUCGAAAGCAUAAAAGAACACAUACUGGAGAGAAACCCUAUAAAUGUAAUCAGUGUGGUAAAGCCUUUACACAACAGGGUAAUCUUCAAAUUCAUAGAAGAACACAUACUGGAGAGAAACCCUAUGAAUGCCGUCAGUGUGGUAAAGCCUUUACACAACAGGGUAAUCUUCAAACUCAUAAAAGAACACAUACUGGAGAGAAACCCUAAAAAAAUGUAAUUAGUGUGGUGAACCCUUUGCAUACAUCAGUAAUCUUCAAAAUCAUGAAAAAAUGUCAUGCUGCAGAGAAACUAAAAAUAUAAACAAUGUGGUAAUGUUUUGCACUUUAUGCAGUAGUAAAACUUGGUGUGCAAUCAAUAUGCUAAAGGCUUUGCAUAUUACAAUAGUCUUUGAGUACCUUUUAAAACACACAGGGAUUAUUAUUAUAAAGUAUUUGGUAAGAUCUUUAUCUAACACACUUGCAUUGAGUUACACAAGAGUAUUUAUUCUAUAGAAAAAAAUUGACAAUGUUAGUCAUCUAUAGAGCUUUAUGAUGUCCUUUUUAUAUUGUUUCCCCCUGAAAACUGAUGGAAGAAAUCAAUUUAAGAAUUUAUGAAGCCCUAUGUGUUGGGUAAAGGGGCCAGCCAAAGGAACACAUGGGAGCCUGAAAGCAGAGCCAGUGAAAAACAUACAUUUUGGCCUGAACCCAGAGCCAAAGAAACACACUGUAUGCCUGACCAAAUGAGCACAAAACAAGUAAAUCCCUGAGCAGGAAAAUCAACCAAUCCCUGACCACAAAACUAACCAAUCACUAAACAGUAAUUUCAGCCAAUCUCUGAGCUUGGUUGAUCUCUGGGAUUGAAAUCUGAUCAAUUCCCACCCUUAGAAUCUUCUCUCUGUAAACAUUCAGCCCCUAAGAAGCCUCAUAAAUGCCCUGUGCCUGUUCAGUUGGCAGCUGCCCUUUUCUACUCUGCUAGAGGCAGCCACUCUCCUGGAUUCCUCCCUCCUAAAUAGUUUUGGUUGAAGACCUUUCACCAGAGCAGAGCAGUAUCUCUGCUGGGAAUCUCCCUAAUGGAACAGAGCAGAGAAGCAAUGGACAUCUCUGAUGAGAAACUCCUAGUGUAGUGGAACAGUGAAACAAGGGACACUUCUUCUGGGAAACUAGAUUAGGGGAGCAAAGCAGACAUGGCAACUUUUCACCAGAGCCAGAGCAGACUGCUGCAUUUCUACAAGAGUUCCCCAUUAGUUGAGUGAGGCAGAGAAGUAACAAUUGGUCCAGGGCUGAGAAGAAAUGGAAAACUCUGCUGGGAAACUCCCUAGUGAAGCAGUAGAAACUGUGCUGGUAAACUCCCUUAGGAGAGUGGAUCAGAGCAGCAAUUGGUAUCUCCCCUCGGCAUCUCUCUUAGCAGAGUGAAGCAGAGCCCAAGUGUAAUGGAUCUCUCUCAGAGAACAGCAGUAUUAGCAUGUCCUGGAGGGAGACCAUUCCCCCACCAGAACACAGCUUCUGGUACAGCCUGACUUCCUACCAAUCAGUAUUCCUUUCUCCUCACAGCUGUAGGUAUCCAUAAUACCUUCCCUUCACAGCUGUAGGUAUAGCCUGAUUUGUGACAUUCUGGGUACCUUUGUCUUCAGAGCUGUAGGUAUCCAGGAUAUCUUCCCUCUACAGCUUCAGGUAUAGCCUGACUUCCCAACAGCCAGGAUACCUUUCUCCACACAGUUGUAGAUAUCCAGGAUUCCUUUUGUUCACAGCUGUGGGUAUAGCCUGACUUCUUAACAGUCAGGAUAUUUUUCCUCACAGCUGUAGAUAUCCAGGGUACUUUUCUUUCACAGCUGUAGGUACAGCCAGACUUCCAACAGUCAUGGUACCUUUCUCUCCAGAGCUGGAACUCUUGUACUAUAAAUUUAAAUGUUAAUGUAACUCUUUUAGAUUUUAUACUUCCUUUAAUUACAUGAAAUAAUUAAUGCAGGACUAAAACUAUGGAUUGGUAUGAGUUCCUUUUCUGUUAUUGUGAUAUAAUAUGUAUGUCAACUUAUAAGAGAGUUAAAUUUGACUCUUGGUUCCAGAGGGAUACCAAUUGGCAUGGCAACAAAUGCCAGACAUAGCAGCUAAAGCAGGAGGCUAAGAAUUUACAUCCUUAACCUGCAGCAUGAAGUAGAGAGUGGGAACUGGAAAUGGUGUAUGAUGCAAAUUCUCAAAGUCUACCCCUACUGACAUAUUUCCCCCAGCAGGGCAGCAUUUCCUAAAUCUUCCCAAAUGAUACCACCAACUUACAAGGGUUGAUUUCUCUGACUUCAAGUCCACAUGUUUGUUUUCUGUUACAUGAUCCAAUUCAUGAUUAAGAAAAAACUCUGUAAGUAAACUGUUAGAUACCUCAACACCUGUGUUAUAGGAAUAAAUGCUUAGAAGAGAAAAACUUUUAUCA